AUGCACGAACCCGCCUCACCCACCACUUCAAAACUCCAAUAUUUUAACGUAGACCAGAGCUGGAUCCAAGUCCACGAACGGCCAUGCUCCUUCCACUCCCAAACCUUCCUGGAGACAAUGCAAGAAAUGGUUCUAAACCCAAACUACAACACUUCCUGGAUACUGCGGGCAGAUAUUCUCCUUGAUAAUCGCCCUGAUGAUAUUUCUGAGGAGCUCUCAUCCUGCUCCUCGCUCAAGGAAGAACACACCUAUGUCUUGGCGCCAGAGUUCGAGAUGCGGGGAUUUGCGCAUACUCGGACCGUGGUGCGGCGAUUCAUUCCGCGGAAUCCACAGCGGGACAAGACAGCCAACCAGACCUGUCUGUUUUUUGAGGAGAAAGUAGAGGAUAGAGUUUUGGGGAAGGUCAAGACCCUAGUGGUCUACAUUGCCCAUGCAGCAUCCACAGAAGAACUGCCGUACUAUCUCCCCGCCGUUAAAGGCGUCGCAUUCCUCUACGAAGAGACCCCAGGCCCAAUUGAGGGACUGGAAAGUAUCCAGAAGAUCUCAAUUCACUAUCUUCUCUUCACACCCUCAACAAUUGAGGGCCCAGGGAUGACAACCCGCCUCGAAAGAACCGCUCUGCGACUAAUGGACCGCAUCAUCAAAGUUGGCAACGGCAGCAUCCGCGGGUAUGAAAAGAAGGUGCAUCACGACCUCGUGGUCCCCAGAGAACGAUCUCAGGAUACGUAUCUGAAGCUGCGGGUGCGGCAUGCUAAAAGAUUGAUGGAUGCGUGGGUUGAGAAGACGGAUCCUAAGAAGCACGUCUUUGAGGAUAUACUAAUUGCAGCAUUUCUUAUCGAGCUCUGGGAGGACAUGUACGGAUCCGGCAAGGGAGAAUUUCCAGGAUUUGUAGAUAUUGGGUGUGGGAAUGGAGUCCUGGUAGAUAUAUUACUGAGAGAGGGUUAUAAAGGGUAUGGGUUUGAUGCGAGGAGGAGGAUGACAUGGAAGAUUUUUGAGAGGGAGACGCAGGAGUGUCUUUCUGAAAAGGUCCUGAUCCCAUGGGUACUGGGCGAUGAGAUGAUAAAGGCGGCAGCCCUGGCAGAGGCCGAGGCGGAGGGUGUCAAGCAGUUAAGGAUUGCUGCGGAAGAGAACCUUCAGUUGGAAGGAGGGAUUAUGGCAGGAAUUCAUGAUGGACGCUUCCAGGAGGGGACAUUCAUCAUUUCUAACCAUGCCGACGAGCUAACUGGAUGGACGCCUCUUCUCGCAAAAGCAUCAAACUCUCCAUUUUUAAUCAUUCCUUGCUGCUCCCAUGAUCUUUCAGGGGACAAACACCGCCACAAGUCCACCAUGAUCAAGACUGGAACAGUAGAAAACCUUGAUAAACCUGGCACAAGAAUAGGGACAAUCAGCAGCGAGUAUGCAUCACUAGUAGAGUGGACUACAACCAUUGCAGAAGAUGUCGGCUACGUUGUUGAAAGGGAAGUCAUGAGAAUUCCCAGCACCCGAAAUAUAGGUCUCAUUAGUCGAAAAUGUGGCGAUGGAGAGAUGAGUGUGGGCGAAGUUUUAGAACGAGAAGGUGGCGGUGUUGGGUGGGCGGACAAGGCUUUUGCAUUGAGGAGGAUACAACUACAGAAAGGACACGGUUAG